AUGUCUGAUCUAAUCAAUUGGAAGAGCAGAAAAAAGGUGCAUUACAAGCUGCCAGAUGGAACAGAAAUGGCUGAAGAAUACAAUAUGAAAGAUGACCAACUUCUUGUUCGUAAAUGGCGAAAGAAAACAACAUUAGGUGGAGAAGGAAAAUGGGAUUUUGAAAUUGGGGAAGAUCUGCGCCAGUCCACGAUGGGUGAACAAACUUUACUGAAAGAAAGCAGUGGAAAUCCAAUAUUCAUGAGGAAAGACACGGCAAGUGCAUUCCAGUGGCGCAUCAGGAAUCUACCAUAUCCAGUUGACACAUACUCCAUUACUGUUGACCAAGAGCAGAGGUGUUGCAUCAUCAAAACAACCAAUAAAAAGUAUUACAAGAGAUUUAACAUUCCAGAUCUAGAAAGGUUGAAACUCCCUCUGGAACAGAGUGCAAUUAGUCAUGCCCAUGCAAACAAUACUCUGAUCAUCAGUUAUGCAAAACCUUCUGCAGUGCUUGAAAUGGAGAAAAAGGUGCGACAGGAACUGCUGAAGCUUAAAGCAUCAAAAGAUGGAGAUAUGGAAUGCAAACCCAGUUAACAACAUGCAGUAUCAUUUGUAAUUUUAUAUACCUGUACUACCGUCCAUGACCUGUAACCAGUGGAGUACUAAGGGAUCCUUCCAUAUCUGGAAUAAGUAUCUUAUAAAUAGAUAAAUAAAUAUCUGCUAUAUUGACAAUGAAGACCUAAAAAAACCACCGAUGAAAGGUGGCCACUCUUAGUGGCAUCAUACUUGGUUCUGUCGGGACCAUUCUUAGUCCAAUUUUCAUAAUAGUUUAAAGCUUUAUAUACCACAAAUGGGGAAAGAAUUCCCCAGAAGCACUCCCACACACCAUGAUUGAGGCUGCCACCUUUAGAGUGCUCCUAAACUCUUUCAACUCUCCUCGUUCCACAUGGUACAAUUACCUUCUUGGAUCCGGAGUCAUCGAUCACAUUGGUCUCAUCGUAGUUGAAUAUGUGUGCUGGGUCAACUGUACUUAAAAUGUCACUAAGGUUGUCAAAUAUCUUUUCACAUCAGUUUGACUAACUCUUGUACGGGAGCGCUUUAUAUUACCGGCAGCCCUUAAACUUAUAUUGUUUCUUUUAACAAAGGAACCAAUAAAUUUGUCUCUGGCAACUUUGUU